AUGGUCAUCAUUGAACAGUCAUUAAUCGACUUGCCAACAUUGUUGACAAACACAAUUCGACACACCGCAAAGAUGAAAGAUCGAUCGAGAGUGGCCUUUGCAUACAAAAGAAUCAAUAAACGUAUCGAGAGAGCAGCCAAAACGUGUCAUGAUGUUGCAAUCAACACAACGAUCACUUUUCAACAAGUACUCUACGAAAUUGAUGAGCUUCAACAAGCGACAAUGGGAGCUGAAUCGCGGAAUCAAGUUGUAGUGGGACAACACAAGAACACGUCGAUCUUUCUUGCUCAACGAGAAGCUAGUAUGAGAGAAAAGUUGAAAGAUAUUGAGCGGCGAUAUAAAGAGAUACAGGAGGACCGAAAGAGAGCGUUGAAAGAGUUUCAGAAGCAGUACGAUAAAACGGGAAAGCUUGGGCGAAUGCUUGCCGCAGCAGCCAUUGAUCUUGUUUCUUUUAUACCACAAGCAUUUAUGACAGUUUAUACUGGCGGUGCUAUGGCUGCGAGUGGAUCACAGUCGGGAAGUGAUCCUUUUGAUGGAAUGAGUAAUGGAAAUUUGAAUUCAGAAUCAACAAUGGCCAGAUUGGAAAGAAUCGAUAAGGACAAACUGUCACUUGCAAAUGCUCGACUAGCUGAAGAAAGUGCUCGUGAAAAGGCCCAAUUCGAUGCGAUGCUCAAGGAAAAAGAAGCCUUUGCAGAAGUGAUCGCCCAGCUUCAAUCAAUCAAUUUAGAGGUGGUGAAUCUGGAAGAAGUGAUGAAAGUGCUCAGACAAGCUGUUCAACAUUUGGGCAAGAUUCGAAAUCAAUGGAGCCAAUUGGCCGACUACUUUUCGACGCUUAAAAUCGUCAUCGAAACGAAGUUGAUUGGGGAAAAUCUCAACGAGCUGCUUGAAGACAACGAGCAACUGGCAGUGACUGGGUUCAUUGAAGAGUUCUCUCUUGAGACUUCACUGAGAUUCAUCGGCUAUUGUAUACAAAUCGAGAACUCGGCCAAACUGUAUCUCAGCGUCUCAAAGGAUUACAUUUUUCCAGUGCUCGGACGAGUCGGUGGCCAGUUUGGGUUGUCGAAAAGUUCGGCCAAGGCUGAACAACAGCAUUUCGCUUCUCAUUAUGAUAAAACAAUGGCCGGAGUGAAAGGGCUUGUCGAUGCAGAGAAGAAACAGCUCGACGCCCGUUUUGAGCGACAAAUCGACAUUUACUGGAAAAGUCUAAAGAUCUCUCAGCAAAAACAAAUCACUCAACUACUCAAUGGAACUCAAUUACUUAAC